AUCACUUCCCAGCACUGCCUCUAUCUGCCCAGGAGCUGCAGCUGCCCCCCGCCCCAGGCCAGCUCAGCCCUGAGAGGCUGCCCCCAGGAUGCAAGGCUCCAUGGCUGCCGUCUCGCUCCUCCCCCUCCUGCUCCUCACUGCCAUCCCCAUCACCCUCGGGUCCCAGGCGGCAGUGGCAUCCUCCUCAGGCCUAAUACGCAAGCCAGCAAAAGGAGUUGAACUCAGCCCUUCACCCAAGUCGCCACUCUCAAACACACCAGCACCUUCUAAGCUACAGGAGCUGUAUAUAUUCACACAGCCAGGUGAGGAAACCAAGAGGGGAUUCAAGAGGACAUGGCGGGCAUCAAGCCAGCAAAAUCGAGGAGGCCCCUACCAACCCACCGAGUGCUGCUUCAAGUUCGCUACCCGUGUCCUCCCACUGCGCCUAAUUGACACUUUCUACAAGACCAGCAGCCAGUGCGCCAGGCCUGGAAUCAUCUUCAUCACCAAAAGAGGCAAUUUGAUCUGUGCCAAUCCCAGUGACAGAUGGGUCCAGAAACACAUCAAGAACCUCAAGGAGUAGACGUGACCCGGAAGUAGUGGAGUGGUACACUGCUGAAUCAAGACCUCCCUCUCGC